GACGCUUCCCGGCCGGUUCCACGAGCUGAACAUCCACUACGGGGUCUUCUUGGGGGGGAUGGGGGACUUCACGGAGGUCUUCCUGGGGCUUCUCGACAACUUCCGAGGAUGCUUGGAUCAGGUGGUGUACAACGGUCUGGACGUCUUCCGGGAGGUGCAGGAGGAUCCGAAGUCAGCUGACGUGUACGGCGUGGAGUGGACGUGUUCGGACGAGUUCGACGCUCCUGCCGACACGGCCAUUAGCUUCAUUAAACAGGGGGCUUAUGUGGCCUUCCAGGACUCCUAUCCGAGGACGGGCGGCUCUAUCCGGAUGGAGGUGAAGACGCAGAAGGAAAACGCGCUGCUCAUGUAUAAUACGGGGCGCCGUCGAGAUCGGACUUUAUUGCCCUGGAGAUCUACGAGGGGAAGCCGCGCCUGGUCUUGGAUAAGGGAAACGGAGCUGUCGGUCUUAACAGGUAAGUGGUAUUGAUGGUUGGU